CAAACCUACAAAAUUUCCUUGCUGGUCGAGGAAGCCAGUGCAUUGAGCUUGUCGACACAUCUUUAACGACCGCCAGAUUCUCGGUGCAAAUUAGCCUCAGCCCUCAUUACCUCAUUGCGAAAUAGACAGCUGCGACAAUGCGUCUGAACUUCGUCUGUCUUGUUCUUGUUCUUGCCUCUGCUGCAUACGCGGGCCCAAUUUCGAAUGGUUUAUGCGCCUGGUUUCGCUCAAAAUCGAUGCCAUACUCUUUUGCAGCCCAUUCAGGCCACCUAGACAGCGGGAAUGCAAACUACCAGGUACUGCUAGCAAAAGACAAGAUUGCCAAAGAGCUUGUUCAAAAGCUCUUCAAAAUCGGCGCUCAUGUUGAUACUUUCACGGAGCAAUCCUUCAUUGGUGCGACAACGGACAUAACACAAGGGUUCGAUUUUGAGGUCGGCCAAAACGUAAUCCGAAAGCAAGAUUCCGGUCCAUAUUACGGACGGGUGAAAGCAAACAUCAAUUUUGUGGGAGACAAAAUGGUAAUAGAUGAGAAUUCCAUUGGGGGUUACCUGAAAGCAGCUGGAGGCAAAUUUAUAUUUCAAGUCGGUAGUGGAAAGGCUACACAGGAAGUUGUUUUACGUUGCUCUUGACCAAACUCGGCUGGAAUACAUAUCCGUAUAUCUCUCGUUUUCAAGUUGAUCUUGUUGAAUGAUACAAAUAUCUUCCUCCAUCAUGCAUCAUGAUUGGGCGAGUUGAGUGUUUACCGGUCAUCAACAAAUUUGGCCGCUCGAGUCUUUUUUCAAACCCUACAAGCUGGCAAGUCGUCUAUUGAGUUUUGGCAGAUAUUUCCCUUCUGCCAUGGAACAGGUUAUACACAACUCCAGAAUCGACACUAUUCAUGGCUACGACUAGCCGCCAACGGGCUUGAAGUUUGUCACAUCCAAGAUUUAUCGCCU